AUGGGUUCCAUACAAGGAGAUCCUCAACGCACCGCCCGUCUUCUGAAAGUCUUCAGAGAUGUCACCAAGGGUGGGCGAUCCAUUACGACGGCUGCUAAUGCACGCCUUUUCCUCGAGGCCGUCCGCUCGAACCCCUCACCGGUCCAGUGUUUGGAGACCGUUACCGCCAGCACCGCUGCUAAGGACGCCCUUCGCUACAGUCUUCGACUCGACUUGUCUGUUUCCUCUAUUCGAUCCCACGUACUACCUUUCAUUGAAUAUCUGAGCGAUCCCGGCGUGAAGAUGGUGUACAAUGGCGAGCUUUUGCACCAAAUCCUUCUCCUCAUUGCCCAACCACCCACGCUGUGGAACAGCCUGAUGAUUCUGUAUCAGGAGUCUCGGCUUGAUGAGAAUGAUCUCUUCGUAUUUGCUUGGCUUUGUCUCGAGCUUGCCAGCGUACCCGGAAAAGAGCAUGACGAUCUCAUCAAUGACAUUUCGUCUGCCAUUGAUCAAAAGCCGUUCCAGCAGGCCCAAGAUCAGAGAACCCGAGAGCUCAUGUAUAGAACGAAAAAGGUCCUAGCGCUUCGAUCUUCACCUUCCCCUGAUAGGGAUGUCGAUGGAGCCGGGGGCCGCCAUGAUAACGACUUCGCUGAUUUCCGAGAUGUCUCCAUCUUCCCCACGAGCGAUGAGUUUCACUCGAGUGCCCCUCCCUUCUACCGACGGGCGGCCGAAGUCACGGCAAUCGACCCUUCCGACCGGCCUCGAGCGCACCUCGACAAUCAGUUCCGCCUCUUGCGCGAAGACAUGCUUGGCGAGCUGCGCGAGGACUUGACCGUCGCCCUCGGAAAGAAGAAAGGCAGAAGAGGAAUGCCGCAGAUCCUUGCCGGCUUGACUCCUAUUGGCAUUGACACCGGCGACGAGAAGCGAGGCCGCUUUUGUGCUGUCCUUCUCAGUUGUCAGGUGGGACUGGAGGUUCUGUCCAAGCUGGAUGGUCCUCAGCGGACGAGGUUCUUGAGGGAUCAUAAAGGCUUUCUACGCCACCAGUCUUUCGGAGCCCUGUGCAGCAACAGUAAGAUCAUUGCAUUCGCUUCAUUGAUCCGGGACAAUGAGCAACUGGCAGUAGAGCCUCCUGUGAUCACGUUGCAAUUCACCGACAGUGAUGCCCUUGCCAGAGCUCUGCUUGCUUUACAGUCUCCUGCCGAUCUCCGAUUCGUCUUGGUCGAUACCCCGAUCUUCGCGUACCAACCGGUGCUGGAGCGACUACAAGAGAUCACCGAGAUGCCUCUCGAAAGAGAGCUUCUUUGUCUCAAACACAACGGCCCUGAUGCCUCGCCCACCACAUUGGACCAAUCUGUUCAUAUCGAGAAUUACAUCAGUCAAUUCAAGCAAAUCCUCAAGGGCGCCUCUUCGACAUUCAGCAUGGGCAGUCAGCAGUUUCAACUUGACAAGUCCCAAAUCCGAUCUGUGCUGAGCGCGCUUCAGAGCCCGUUAGCUCUGGUUCAAGGACCUCCCGGUACCGGCAAGUCGUUUGUGGGAGCGCUCGCAGCGAAAAUCCUGCUGAAGGACCCCAAAAAGCGCAUUCUGGUUUUGAGUUACACCAACCAUGCCCUGGAUCAAUUCCUCGAAGACCUGAUGAACAUUGGCAUCUCGCCUGAUACCAUGGUUCGCCUAGGAUCCAAGUUCACGGAGGCAACUGAAAAGCUUCUCCUCGAGCGGCAAGUACGAAACCGCGCUGGUUGGGGUAGACUACCAUGGGAUAAGAUAAGUCAUGCGAAAGAGAACAUGUCGAAUGCGAGGGCCGAGAUUGACAAGGCGUGUGGAAGUCUUGUGCGGGGAAAGAUCAGUCUUCUGGAGGUUCUGAACUACCUCGAGUUUGAAGAGGACGCCGAGGACUUUUACGAUGCUUUCACGUUGCCUGAGCAGGACGAUGGCUUCCAGCUUGCGGGCAAUUCUCGUCAGCCUCAGAAGGCUAUGUCACCCGACUACUUGCUUGACCGAUGGGCGCGGGGGCUGAAUCCCGGCGAACUCACCCCUCUCAUCUCACCCGAGAGCAGACGGAUUUGGCAGAUUCCGGAGGACCAAAGACGGAAGCACAUGGACACCUGGAUUGAGAGCCUGCGCGGCGAACAAAUCGAAACGAUCCAGCAUCUGGUGCGUCAAUUUGACGAUGCCCAGCGAGAGGUGGACACCCUAUUCAACGAAUCUAAGUGCAACUUUGUUCAGGGGAAGCGACUUGUCGGAUGCACCACCACAGCCGCAGCGAUGUACAAGUCGCUCAUCAAAGCCGCUCGUCCGGAUGUCGUUCUCGUCGAAGAAGCUGGCGAGAUUCUCGAGGCUCAUGUGCUGACCGCCUUACACUCAUCCACAAGCCAAGUCAUCUUGAUCGGCGACCACAAGCAGUUGCGUCCAAAGAUCAACAAUUACGCACUGAGCGUGGAGAAGGGGGAGGGGUUCGACCUCAACCGCUCUCUUUUCGAGAGGCUGAUUCUUCAGGAGCACGAACACACGACGCUCCAGAAGCAACACCGAAUGCACCCCGAUAUCUCGGAUCUCGUUCGACAGAUGACAUACCCGCUACUGGAGGACGAUGAUAAGACUCUCUUGCGGCCGGAACCAAAAGGACUGCAGGGAAGGGUGUGCUUCAUCAACCAUAGUCACCCAGAGGAUCUUGCAAACGGGAUCAACGAUCGGCACGGUGGCGAGGUGUCUGCAAGCAAGAGAAAUCGGUUCGAAGCUCACAUGGUUCUCAAACUUGUGAAGUACCUAGGACAACAAGGGUACAAGACCAGCAACAUCGUUGUCCUUACCCCAUACAUUGGACAAGUCUCCCUUCUCAGGGAGAUGUUAAGUAAAGAAGUUGACCCUGUGCUAAGCGAUCUGGACUCGUUCGAGCUCAUUCGCGCUGGUCUAAUGACUGCUGCUGCUGCAAAGGUCAAAGACGGGUCAGGCCAAAUCAAGCUGUCAACUAUUGACAACUACCAAGGCGAAGAGAGCGACAUUGUCAUAGCAUCCAUGACUCGGAGCAACAACAAUGGCGACAUAGGUUUCAUGAAGGCGCCUGAACGCCUGAACGUUUUGUGCUCCCGAGCGAGAGAAUGCCUGAUCAUGAUCGGCAACAUGGAGACAUUCAUGGCAUCCGCCCAGGGCAAGCCUGUCUGGUUGCCGUUCUUUGAGAUUCUAAAGGAGAAGGGGUACUUGUACGAUGGUGUACCCGUGCGCUGUCAACAGCAUCCUGAGAAGACGGCUUUACUCAAGGAUCCGAGUGACUUCGACGCGAAAUGUGCCGAUGGUGGCUGUGACGAAAGUUGCAAUGCUUUGCUGUCUUGUGGAAAGCACAGAUGCCAGCUACGCUGCCACCGGAUCAAGGACCACGCGAAAGUCACCUGCCAUGAACGGAUCAAGAAAACUUGCGACAGAGGCCAUGAUUACACCAUCAGUUGCAGCGCCAAGGAGGACGCUUGUCCAGCCUGCGUCAAGGAAGACGAGGACAACCGCAGGAGGAUCCGGCGAAACCUGGAAAUGGAGAAGGAGCGACUCCUAGCCCAGCAGCGAUAUGCGAAAGAGCUCCAAGUGAUCCAGGACGAGCUCGAUCACGAGAGACGAAAGCUUCAAUAUGCGCAGGAGGACGACGAUCAGAAGAAGAAGUUGAAGCAGGCUCAAGCUGAUCUCAAGGAUCUAAGGGACACUCGUUCUCGUGCGGAGGCCAUGAAGGCGGCACAAAAGGCCGCGCCAAUAGCUCCGGAUGCCGCGGUCAAUGGCGGACCACCGCCACCACAAGCAGCCAUUGCGCCGGGGAGUGCCCAGGAAGAAUGGGAGCACAUGAAAUCGCAGUUUGGUGCUAGAAGUGACCCCUUGGACACGCUCAUGGGCAUGAUCGGGCUCGAGAGCGUCAAGCAAGAGUUCCUUUCUAUCAAGUCCAAGGUUGAUGUCUCUGUUCGUCAGCAGAUCUCCUUGUCAAAGGAGCGGUUUGGUUGCACCCUACUCGGAAACCCUGGCACUGGCAAGACGACUGUCGCCCGCAUAUACGGCCAAUUCUUGACAUCGGUAGGCGUUAUUGCUGGCUCCUGUUUCAAGGAGACAUCAGGUUCGAAGCUCGCCAACAUGGGAGUCACAGGCUGCGAGAAGUUGCUCGAGGAUGUCCUCAACACCGGUGGCGGAGUGGUCUUCAUAGACGAAGCAUACCAGCUCUCGUCCGGGAACAGCCCUGGUGGCAAGGCUGUGCUCGAUUAUCUGCUCGCUGAGGUUGAGAAUCUCACUGGGAAGGUCGUCUUUGUCUUGGCUGGUUACAACAAGCAAAUGGAAUCCUUCUUCGCGCACAACCCUGGAUUUCCAAGUCGCUUCCCGCUGGAAAUGAAGUUUGAGGACUACGAAGAUGCCGAGCUUCUGCAGAUUCUGACCCUACAGAUAAACAAGAAGUACGGAGGCCGGAUGAAGUGUCAGGGCGAUCUUUAUCUCCGAGUGGCCACUCGCAGACUUGGCCUGGGCCGCGGAAAGGAGGGCUUCGGCAACGCCAGAGCUGUCGAGAAUUUACUCGCCAAGAUAAUGAGCCGCCAGGCGAACAGACUCCGCAAAGAGCGGCGGAAGGGGGUUCACUCAGAUGACCUUCUCUUCACCAUGGAAGAUCUGGUUGGACCCGAGCCCUCGAACGCCCUUGCAACGAGCAAAGCUUGGGCUAAGCUGCAAGGUCUUAUCGGACUGAAGUCUGUCAAGCAGUCGGUCAAGGCACUCGUUGACAGUCUUCAAACCAACUAUCGCCGGGAGCUUAAGGAGGAGCCUAUUCUCGAGUACACCUUGAACAAGGUGUUUCUCGGAUCUCCAGGAACAGGCAAGACGACGAUUGCCAAGCUCUACGGAGAGAUUCUGGUUGACAUUGGGAUGCUGUCGAAUGGUGAAGUGAUUGUGAAGAAUCCUUCGGACUUUGUUGGGGCGGUAAUAGGAGGCUCAGAAGUGCAAACGAAGGGCAUACUUGCAUCCACAAUGGGCAAAGUCCUGGUCAUCGACGAGGCUUACGGCCUGUUCAGCACCAACGGCAGCACCCCAUGCCCGUUCAAGACGGCUGUUGUCGAUACGAUCGUCGCCGAAGUGCAGAGCGUCCCUGGAGAGGAUCGGUGCGUCCUACUUCUUGGCUACAAGGAUCAGAUGGAAAAGAUGUUCCAAAACGUCAAUCCUGGUCUCAGCCGACGGUUCCCAAUUGAUUCCGCCUUCACGUUCGAGGACUUCACCAGUGACGAGCUGCGCAAGAUUCUCGACAUGAAGAUCAAACAACAGGGCUUCAAGGCCACAGAUCAGGCAAAGAGGGUGGCUAUGGAGAUGCUUGAGCGUGCGCGAAACCGACCCAACUUUGGCAACGCUGGUGAGGUGGACAUUCUCCUGAACGAUGCGAAGGCGCGCCAUCAAACCCGGCUUUCAGCAAACGAGACAGGCCAGGUCUCUACACUUGAAGCUCUGGACUUUGACGAGAACUUUGAUCGUGCUGAGCGCAAGCACACCAAUGUGGCCAAGCUCUUUGAGGGCACCAUCGGCUGCGAGAUGAUCGUGGCGAAGCUCGAAGGGUACCAGGAGGACGUUAGGUCCAUGAAGGCGCUUGGAAUGGACCCAAAGGAGAGCAUGCCCUUCAACUUCGUCUUCCGUGGACCACCUGGCACGGGAAAGACUUCGACAGCGAGGAAGAUGGGCAAAGUAUUCUACGACAUGGGUUUCUUGGCGAGUGCCGAGGUAUUGGACUGCUCAGCGACGGAUCUUAUUGGCUCAUAUGUUGGACAUACCGGUCCUCAGGUGCAGAAGCUUCUUGACAAGGCCCUUGGAAAGGUUCUCUUUGUGGAUGAGGCAUAUCGCCUCAAUCAAAGAGGCCACAACAACUUUGCCAAGGAAGCUGUUGACGAGAUAGUCGAUUGCGUAACCAAGGAGAAGUACAAGGGCCGCAUGGUUAUCAUCCUAGCCGGCUACGACGACGAGAUCAAUGAGCUGCUAUCCAUCAACCCCGGAAUGUCUAGCAGAUUCCCGGAGUCCAUCGACUUCCAUCCUCUCACGCCAGAAAAUUGCUUCGAUCUUCUUGUCAAGCUCCUACAAAAGCAGAAGCAGAGGACAGAGAGCAAGAAGCCGAUGAAUAGCGUUCUCCUGGCUUGUUUGGAGCAGCCGACCUCGACGUUCAAGAAGGAAGUCAUUGAGAACUUUGGAAGGCUUUCCACCCAGGCCAGCUGGGCCAACGCCCGCGAUGUGGAGAGCCUGGCAAAGUCCGUUUUCAGCUACGCUCUCAAGGCUCUCCAAGGCACAUGCGUCACCAUUACAGAGACGAUAUUUCUAGACGAGAUGGGCAAGAUGUUCAAGGAGCGAGACGGCCGCAACAAAGUAGCGAAAAAGACCAAGGGCGGACGGCAAAGUAGUCCGCCUCUAGCUCCGGCUAUGCCGCCUCCUCAAGCCCCUCCGGCCCCAACCUCAACUGGCACUGCGACGCAGCAGCAGCCGCAGAGACUCUCGGAUCGCACCAAGGAGAAAGACACCACAGCAGAGAACACUGCAACAGCCGGUGAUAGCAACGGUUCGGGAGGCGUACAACGAGAUGCCGGGGUCAGUGAUGAAGUCUGGGAACAACUUGAACGCGACAAAAAGGCUCAGGAGCAGAAGGAGGGUAAGUAUCGCUCGAUGCUCAAGGCCCAGAAGGCAGCCUCUGGUGCUGCCAGAGACGCGAUUUUGAAACAGAUCCUCGAGGAAGAAGAGCGCCGGAAGAAAGAAGAGGAGCAGCGCAAGAAGGCGGCGAAACUGGGGAAAUGCCCCGCUGGAUAUGCCUGGGUCAAGCAGGCCCAGGGGUUCCGGUGCGCUGGAGGGUCUCACUUCAUCUCUGAUGAGCAGAUUGCCCGAGCUUGA